UGCAGCUCUCUGUCGUGCACGAGUAACUCAAGAACAGUGGCAUUGUCGCCUUGCAUUUCUUCCACCCUCGCCCGUCAUGUCGCUGCCACGUAUCGCCCUCGCUCCCGUUCGGCAGCAGGCCAUGCGGGGCAGUAGGACGUUCACAGUCGCCAGCUCGAGAUUCAUCUCCAUUACCGCCACCCAUCGUGUGACCCCUCGCGCCCGUCUUCCAGCUACAUUUAUUGCUGGCCAGCGAAGAGCUCUGAGCACCACCACCCCCAGAAGCUACGCCAACGUCGAUGAUAUACAUUUGAACGCAGAAAGAGAAUCGGACGAGGUGGACGUAUGCAUCGUGGGAGGAGGGCCGGCGGGGCUGAGUGCGGCCAUUCGCCUGAAACAACUCGCCAACGAAGCCGGCAACGAAGACUUCCGCGUCUUGCUCCUCGAGAAGGCGGGUGAUAUUGGCGACCACAUCCUCAGCGGCAAUGUCCUCGAACCGGGUGCUCUCAAUGAGCUGCUGCCCGACUGGAACUCGGAGGACAAUCCGAACCGCUUCGAAGACAUCACACCCGCCACCAAGGAUAAGAUGCGCUUCUUGACCAAGACUGGCAGCUACGCUUUACCUGCUCCACCGCAGAUGAACAACCACGGCAACUACAUCAUCAGUCUGAACCAACUCACCAAAUGGCUGGGUGAGAGAGCGGAAGAGCUUGGCGUGGAGGUCUUCCCGGGCUUUGCAGCUUCCGAGGUAUUGUAUACCAACGACGGCGCAGUCAAAGGGGUGGCGACGAACGACCUCGGGGUGGGUAGAGACGGCAAGCCCAAAGAGUCCUUUGAGAGAGGCAUGGCAUUCCACGCUCGCUGCACGCUUCUUGCUGAAGGCUGUCACGGAAGCUUGACCAAGUCAGUCAUCAAGAAGUACGACUUGCGGAAGCACAGUGAGCCCCAGACAUAUGGCCUUGGGCUCAAGGAGGUUUGGGAGAUCGAUCCGGAGAAGUUCGAGAAAGGUUUGUGUGUGCAUUCCAUGGGCUAUCCCCUUCCCAAAGAUGUAUACGGCGGCGGAUGGAUGUAUCACUUUGGAGACAACAUGGUUUCGAUCGGUCUUGUUGUCGGCUUGGACUAUGCGAACCCGUGGCUGGCUCCUUAUGGAGAAUUUCAGAAGAUGAAGCAGCACCCGAUGUACCGGCAUUAUCUCGAAGGUGGCAAAUGCAUCACCUACGGCGCACGAGCACUGAACGAAGGUGGCUUCCAGUCCAUCCCCAAAUGCGCAUUCCCAGGUGGUGCAUUGAUUGGCGAUUCCGCCGGCUUCUUGAAUGUUCCCAAGAUCAAGGGCACACACACAGCCAUGCGAUCGGGCAUGCUGGCAGCAGAGGCAGCGUAUGGGGCCUUGGCAGAGAGGAAAGACGAGGCCGCAGUUUUCUUGUUUGACUACGAGGACAAGCUGAGGAAGAGCUCGAUCUGGAAGGAAUUGAAGCAGGUGCGCAACAUGCGGCCCAGUUUCCACACCUCUCUCGGACUCUACGGUGGCAUCCUCUACUCUGGACUCGAAGCUUUUCUCUUCCGCGGGUAUACUCCUUGGACUCUGAAGCACGGCAAGGGUGAUCACGCCGCCACCAAGCUGGCCGACGACUGCCCCAAGAUCGAGUAUCCCAAACCGGACGGCAAGAUCUCCUUCGACAUCCUGACCAGCGUCAGCCGGACGGGCACCAACCACGAAGAAGACCAGCCCGUCCAUCUGCAAGUGGCCGACUGGGAGAAGCAUGCCGAGCUGGAAUACCCAAAGUACAAGGGCAUUGAAAAUCGCUUCUGCCCUGCCGGGGUGUACGAGUAUGUGGAAGACGAGGAGAAGGAGCUGGGCGUGCGGUUCCAGAUCAACUCGCAGAACUGCAUCCACUGCAAGACGUGCGACAUCAAGGUCCCUGACCAGGACAUCACUUGGCAGACGCCGCAAGGUGGCGAGGGCCCCAAGUACGUGAUGACUUGAGCUUCAACAGUUAACGGGGUGGGGGUUUUGUAGAUUUACUACGGGGCAUGGACGGAAUGGGCUCGCCCCAGCCACUGCGAUUAUGAUCGCCGCAGUAUAUACGCAUGUUGAGUAAAUGUACAUAUCAACCUGAUGUAUGCAGCGAGGCUACAUGGUGAAAUGUACAGAGGCCCAUCAGAUAUAACUUGGCUCUCCUCAUCACUCUCUGGCAAUUCCCCAUUGGGAAGAAGCACAUGCGUUCCCGUUUUGGGUGGAAGGAUCGCCAGCCUCGGCUGAAUAACAAAACGAGACGCGCCAAUUGGCUGCCAUCUGUGACGACGAUACACG